AUUCAAAGAAUCAAAUGAAUCUUCUUUUCAAAAACAAAAUAUAAGUAAAGUAGUAGAUGAUGAAAUAGUAAAUGAUGAUGAGAUAUUAGAUGAGAUAAUGGAAGAUAAAAUAUUAGAAGAUGGUAUAUUGAAUAAUAAAAUAUUAGAUAGUAAUAAUUUAUCUGAUAUGGAAUUAGAUGAUAAACAAGAAGAAAAAGAAUCAUUAAAAGAUAGUUUGAUAAAAGAUAUGGAUAUUCAUACUAAACAAAAUAAUAAAAGUCAAAAUUUACAAGAUAUUUUAUCAAAAAUAUUUGUAAAUGCUGUAUUAGAAUGCUAUGAUGAAAUGGAAAAAGCUUAUUAUUCAGCAAAUUUUCUUUCUGUAUAUUUUAAUUGUGAUUCAUUAGAAUAUAUAAUAUCUAUAUCUAAAGAUCAAUAUCUGUACUGUGAAUUAUGUACUGCUAAUUCUGAUAUAAAAAUUAAAUUAGGGAAAGGGAAA